AGGGCGGGAUGCUUCUAGCGGGCGCCGUUGCCGUGGAAACCGACGCCGGUGGGCGGGGACUGCUUCGGCAGUAGAGUAGCGUCGCCUAGGCAACGCCUGCGGUGGAGGAAAAUGGCGGCGGGGCUGCUUCCGCUUCCGUAGCGGCGUCGCUUUUGUCGGCUGGGGAGAAAAAUGGCGGCGGCGUGGGCUGCUUCCGGCAGCGUUGUCGCCUAGGCAACGGUUGUUUGGCGGCCGCUAGGGAGAAAAUGGCGGCGUGCGCGGCGGCGCGGAUCGCGGACGGGGAGUACACGGCGUCCAUCUACGGCCUGAUCCGGGCGGGGCAGCACGCGGAGGCGGUGGGCAUCCUGAGCACGGAGCUCCAGCGCAGCUGCCGCUCCCGGGCGGGCCUCUCCCUGCUGGGCUACUGCUACUACCAGCUGCAGGACUUCGCGGCGGCGGCCGAGUGCUACGAGCAGCUGGUGGCGCUGCACCCGGAGCUGCCCGAGUACCGCCUCUACCAGGCGCAGGCCCUGCACAAGGCCGGCCUCUACGCCGAGGCCCUCCGCGCCACCCUCCCGCUCCUCGAGCCCGCCCCCGGCACCAAGGCCGCCAGCAAUGCCACCCUCCAGAGCAGGGCCCUGCGCCUCCAGGCGGCCAUCCACUACGCCCAGGGAGACCUGGCCGGCGCCAAGGCCCUGGUGGAGCUCCAGGUGGCCGCCGCCACCCCCUCCGCCUCCGAGAGCGGGGCCACUGCCGCCCUGGAGGACCCCUUGGAGCUCCCCGAGGCGGAGGUGAACCAGGGCUGCCUGCUGUACCGCGAGGGGCAGCACGAGGAGGCCUGCGGGAAGUUUGCCUCGGCCAUGCAGGUGCUGGGCUACUCCCCGGAGCUCUCCUACAACAUGGCCCUCUGCUGCUACGCCGCCAAGCAGUACGACCCGGCCCUCAAGCACCUCUCCGACGUCAUCGAGCGGGGCAUGCGCCAGCACCCCGAGCUCAGCGUGGGCACCAACACCGAGGGCCUGGACGUCCGCAGCGUCGGAAACACCCUGCUCCUCCACCGCACCGCCCUGGUGGAGGCCUUCAACCUCAAGGCCGCCAUCGAGUACCGGCUCUGCAACCUCCAGGCCGCCCAGGAGGCCCUCACCGACAUGCCUCCCCGGGCAGAGGAGGAGCUCGACCCCGUCACCCUGCACAACCAGGCCCUGAUGAACAUGGACCAGAGGCCCACCGAAGGCUUCGAGAAGCUGCAGUUCCUCCUGCGGCAGAACCCCUGCCCGCCAGAGACCUUUGGGAACCUGCUGCUCCUCUACUGCAAGUACCAGUACUACGACCUGGCGGCCGACGUCCUGGCGGAGAACGCACACCUCACCUACAAGCUCCUCACGCCUUACCUGUACAACUUCUUGGAUGCCAUCAUCACCUGCCAAACCGCCCCCGAUGAGGCCUUCCACAAGCUGGAUGAGUUGGCCGGGGCCUUGACUGAGCAGAUGAGAAAGCUGACUAAAGAUGUCCAGGAGGCCAGGAAAAACCAAGACGAUGAGGCUGUAAGGAAGGCUAUUAAUGACUAUGAUGAGACGCUAGAGAAAUAUAUCCCAGUCUUUAUGGCCCAGGCCAAGAUAUACUGGGACAUGGAAAACUAUCCCAUGCUGGAAAAAAUGUUCCACAAGUCUCUUGAGUUCUGCAAGGAUCAAGAAGUGUGGAAGCUGAAUGUGGCUCACGUACUGUUCAUGCAAGAGAACAAAUACAGGGAGGCCAUUGGUUUCUAUGAGCCGAUUGUGAAAAAACACUAUGAUAACAUCCUGCAGGUCAGUGCCAUUGUGCUGGCUAACUUGUGUGUGUCCUACAUCAUGACAAGCCAAAACGAAGAAGCAGAGGAGUUGUUGAGGAAGCUUGAAAAGGAAGAGGAGCAGCUGUCUUACCAGGAGCCUGACAAAAAGCUUUAUCACCACUGCAUUGUCAACCUGGUUAUUGGGACGCUUUACUGUUCGAAAGGGAACUUUGACUUCGGCAUCUCUAGGGUGAUUAAGAGUUUGGAGCCAUACAACAAAAAGCUGGGCACAGACACUUGGUAUUAUGCCAAAAGAUGCUUCCUGUCAUUGCUGGAAAAUAUGUGCAAGCACCUGAUCAUGGUGCGCGACAGUGUCAUCCAAGAUUGCCUGCAGUUUUUUGAGCACUGUGAAACGUAUGGCCGAAACAUCCCAGCUGUUAUAGAACAGCCUCUCGAGGAAGAGAAGAUGCAUAGUGGGAAGAACACAGUUACCUAUGAAGCCAGGCAGCUGAGGGCACUGAUGUAUGAAGUUAUUGGGUGGAAUAAGUAAUUGCUCUGGCAUUUCUAUGCAAAAUGACUGGGGACCAGAAGAGUAGUGAACGACUUUGGCUUUUCAAAAUAUUACAUACAUAAAUAUAUUUAUUUAUUAGUUAGUUAAAAGUUAAUUGAUUAGUCAAUUGAUCAUAUCAAACAGUUUACACAAACAUGGUAGAAUGUGAGGAAAUGCAAUACAUAAAAAAUGUAUAAAAUACAGUGCAUAAAAUAUAAUGAAAUAAGAUAAAUUAGACAAAAUGAGAUGGCUUAUAUAUUAAUUUAAAUUAAUAGUAGUAAAUUGUUGCCUUACAAUAAACUAAAGGGUAAUAAAAUACAAAAACCAAAAUAUGUUUAAAUAAGUUUACCACCUUUACAUGCAACUCCAGUAUGAUCAAUAAAACAUAUUCUCAGUUGAAUAGCCCUACCUAUAAAUUUAGCAGUUCUAAUUACCACAUGUGUAUUUGUACCUUGGAGAAAAUGGGCUAGCUGUUUGUUACAUUCGCAGUAUGGAGUUCUAUCAAAUAUUGAUAGUAUUAUGUAAGUUUAUGUGUAUUAUGUAAGGUUAUUUGUAUGUUGUUGUUUUGGCAAUCUGUUAUUUUGGUUCUGGAAUUAAAAUUGGCUUUUUGUACCAAAAUAAUACAAUGUUGUAUAAAUCACAUGUAAUUUUAGAUAUAAACAUGAAAUGCUGGCUUAAAUCCAGUUCCUAGUCCCAGAUAGUGUAGAACUAUCCAGUCAAUAUUGGAUGGUACACCAACACUUAAAAUGCUGUUUCAAGGAGUCUGCUCUAAUUAAGACUAGAUGUUGGGUUGAAGCCAUUGCAUUAGCUUUCUGCAGUUCAUAAAUAUAUGUGUGGUAUGUGUUUUUUUUUUGGGGGGGGGGUGUCUUUGACAAAGUAGCCUUUUAAAAUUUGUACUCAAAUACAAUUAUAUUUUUAAAAUAUGGCAAAAAUAAACUGUUUCCAAAAAAAAAAAAACCCCUAGAAAGCUGUGUGCCCAGUUGUUGUUUUUUUCUGCAGCAAUAAAAUAGGAAGAUACCAACAAGUGA